AUAGUCAGACUGAGCAUUAGAGGGCUUUUCUAAACCAUUUAAGUCUGUUGAAAUUGAACUGCACAGAGAUUAGAAAGUUUAGAUAUAAGAUCAACAGUAAGAGACUAUUUUCUUUUAGUUGGCCAGUUAGCCGUGUUGAAGGCAGCAUGAAUCCUGUGCACAGUACCUUGUUGUCUUCAGUGCUUCUUUUCACCCUCAGAAUUCAGGAGCUGGUAGAGGCAUGCAGCUGUGCCCCUGCACAUCCACAGCAGCUAAUCUGUGAUUCUGCUUUAGUGAUUCGUGCAAAAAUAUCCAGUGAAAAGGUGGUUCCUGCCAGUGAUGACCCUCUUGACACUCACAAAAUGAUCCGGUAUGAAAUCAAACAAAUAAAGAUGUUUAAGGGGUUUGAAAAACUGAACGAUGUUCAGUAUGUCUAUACUCCUUUUGAUUCAUCUCUCUGUGGAGUGAAACUAGAAGCUAACAACAAGAAACAAUAUCUCCUCACAGGCCAAAUAUUAAAUGAUGGUAAAGUUCUCAUCCAUUUAUGCAAUUACAUUGAACCGUGGGAUGAUCUAUCCUUGUCUCAAAAGAAGAGUCUUAACCAGAGGUACCAAAUGGGCUGUGGCUGCAAAAUUACUACCUGCUACAUGGUGCCCUGCUCAAUCACUACACCAAACGAGUGUCUCUGGACAGACUGGCUGAUAGAAAGGAAGCUGUAUGGGCACCAGGCCAAGCAUUAUGCCUGUAUCAAGCGAAGUGAUGGCACUUGCAGCUGGUACCGAGGUGGCCCCCCGCCAGAGAAAGUGUUUACUGACAUCAGCGAACCUUAAAAUGAUCACUUCCUAAAAAGCCUGGGAGGCUAAUUCCAUCAAACGUUGCACGCUCACAGCUUUGAACUGCCAACAUCUUAUGUAUCUGUUGCUUAGAAACAAAAACAAAUUGUGCUUACAAGUAAAGUACAGAGUUUGUGGAAUUGGCACCCAGGCAAGAAGAACAAAUCUCUUGGAGGUAGCUUAUAAAGUUCUGCUUUGUAUACAGGGGCUUUAGUUGAGAAUGGUCCUCUGUGUUCUCAGAGGCAUAACAACUUUCCUUUUUACCAAUAUGAAUGUAGAAGAACAAAAGAAUGAUCAGAUUUUUGCCCCCUACUCCAGUUACCUAGCAGAUUAAGAAAACCCUGUGUUUCAGUCCAAAACAGUCUUUCUGAUACGUGAAGAAUGUUUUAUACAACUAUUUUUUUUUCUGUAUGGAAGCCUUCUGAUAAAAAUAAUAAUUAUUGUAAAGUGUAUAUGUAAAGUAUUAUAACAAUGUGCUGUAAAAAAGAUUCAAAGAUUCAUGUUUUCUUCAUAUUUGUUGAAACAAGUUAAACAUUUUUGUGAUUAAAAACUUGGGUUUUUUUGUAUGUUACUUAAAUGUCCUAUUUCUUACAUGUGUAUUGUAACAUUUUUUAGUAAUUAGGUUAAAUAUAUAUCUUUGAUAAUCACAAAUGCCUAUCCAAUUCAUUGAUCCAAUGGAUUGGCACAUACUGUAAAGAGAAAAGUUCUAAUGCUUAGGUAUUACACCAACAGAAAAAUUAUGACAAUAUGCACCCGUAGACUAGUUAGAUUUACAGGAAAAGUAAAGCAUGAACAUUGUCAGUGUAGCAAUGGCACCCGGUAAAGCCUCUGUACACGUGUGACCAUAUUACUAUCGCAUUUCACUACUGCCCCAUUUCUAGCCUGAGAUUGACUGCAAAUAAAUUUUGGGGGAUUUCUUAAUGAUUUUUAAUUCUUCAGAUUUCAAUACAAAAUUACCAUUUUUUGGGUAGUCAUUUGCACUUUGUGACAAUGAAUUUCACAGCUUGGAAAAAGUACCAGAAAAGUGUUAUCUUUUUGGAGGUGUGUGUGUGUGUGUGGGGGGGGGGGGCAAGAUUUUAACAAUUGAAAACACAAUACUGAGCAUGCAUACAUUUCCAUAUGUUUCUAAGUUUAAAGAGGCAAAUUAAUAAGGGAUGGCAAACUUCAAAUGUUUGGCACCAAAGUUGAGAAUAAUUAUCCACAUCUAUCUGAACCUCUGGGUUUGAGAAACUGAGUAGGAAUCCUCAUGAGAUAAAGACUCUGUUCUGACAUUUCCAAUAUAUCCUCAAUAUUGCCAGGUCAGAAUCACCUCAAAAAUACUCUGCUCCUUGUUGUGUUUCUGAAUUUCACCAUGUAGAGUCCAGAUGUGGCUAGAAUUAAUGCAAAGGGGGCUGCCAUAUGAGAACUGAGAACAAUAGUUAGAUUUAAUGACUUUGAAUCUCAAAAAUAGUUCAGGUUUGAAUACACCCAUCUAUUAUUUGAUAUGAAUGGAUUCAGUAGCUUUGGAAAUUACUGAAUGAUACAUCAUGAUACAGUAAUGGAGUAAAUGGUCUUUGGAAUUGUUAUAGUUUAUGGGGUUAAGAAUACUACUUUCUGAAUAGUGUCUAUACUUAUUUCAGAGCGGUAGGCAUGUUAGUCUGUAUCAGCAAAAACAACGAGGAGUCCUUGUGGCAUCUUAGAGACUAGCUAAUUUAUUUGGAAAUAAGCUUAUGCCCAAAUAAAUGUGCUAGACUCUAAGGUACUACAAGGACGCCUCGUUGUUUUUGUCUAUACUUAGUUUGCCAUGCAGUGCUAAGACCACAAUCCUACAAAAACUUACGCACAUGCUUAAAUUUAUGCUCAUCAGUAGUUCCAUUCAACUCAAUGGAAGGUGCACACAUGUCUAUUACAUUGGGCAAACAAUGCAUACUUGUAUAACUAUGUGUUGUCAUGACACUCUGUAGUUUAUUGUCUCUGUUGAUGCCCCUAUGGCAUCAAUAUAUAUUUUUACAAUUGUGUAAAUCUGUGUUUACACAAUAGACAAUAACAAGUUUGAAGAUGCUUCUGUAAUAGCAUGACAAAUAAUAUAUUUAAAUAUUUUCUGGCUAAGGAUUUACAUAUUUAUGCAACACAUCAAGUUGGGGGGUAUCUGUCUUGUUGGUUCUCAUAUAUUGGUACUUGCAUGAAAAUCAUCAUCUCUUUUCGGGAUGACUGUGAAAAAAAUGAAACCAUAAAAUAACUAAAACAAUCCAACCCCAACAAGCAAAAAUACCUAGGUUAGAAACCUCUAACAUCAUAUGUAGUCACAUAAAAGGAAGACUAUUUAGCAAUAAGGCUGAAAAAUUUAAUUUAGCACCACACAUGGCACCUGAGAUUUACAUCCAAAAAAUGAAUAAUCCUACAUGCCAGUACCAUUGACACUGCACUUUCUUAGGUGCAAAAGGUGGGAUAAGAUCAGAGCUUCUGCCUUGCAUCUGAAUUUGCUUAUACUUGUCGCUUUACAAUAAAAUAGAAAGUAGUGUUGUGUAGUUAUUGCAGUACAGAGAACAUUUUGUCCUUAAUCUAUAUAAAAUGUAUUAAAUAUUAAUGGGCUGUAAUAAUUCAAGAAAAGAAUUAGUAGUCAAUAGACCAGGACACAGUAGUUAAUAAAGCCUCUGGGGACAGAAAGCUUUAUUUCUUGGAAGAGUAGGUCACCAGUACUACUUAAUAAUCAACAUUUCACCCUGUAUUUGAUUUUAGACCAACUAUGCUGUUUUAAUUUAUGGUAAUGUAUUAAAAUACCAUUAAUUUCUUCUGAUAAACAUAAAACCCAGCCAGUAUUCUGCUCUAAAAAUGCAGUUUGCAAAAACUAAUUUUAUCCAUAGAUUUUUUUAUUAUGAUUAUUUAUAAAAAUUAUAUGCUGUGAAAGCUACGCUUUUUCCAAAAACAAAAAUGAACUGCAGAUAAAAUUUUUGUUAGUGUGAUUUACUGCUAGUGCAAUGCAUAUAUCUGAAUAUACUCUAUAGGUAUAUGUAGUUAACUAGAACUCACUGCCUUCUGUCAUACCAAAACAACUCCUAGAUGAAGCUGCAAUAGCUUUAUGAUCAUACACAUUUUCUAUCCAACCCCUGGCUAAUUUAGUCUACAGUACAUGUACAGUGGGAUAUUUGUUUUCAAAUUAAUUUUAUUGUAAUGGUGUAUUUUGAACAGCACUAUGUAGUAAAUGGAUAUUUUCUGCUUUGUAACUUGAUUAUUGUACUUCUGUUUAUAUUUUAAAAUUAUAAAGUAAGCAGGCCUUAAACUCAAUGAACAUAA